AUGCGCCGCUGGCGGGACUUUAGUGUUUACGUGGUGAACUGCUUCGACGUGGCUCUCGCUGAAAAUGUUUUUUCUGCUGCUGCUGCUUCUCCCUCUUCUUUGGUGUUGAAGUACUUGGGGAAGCAAAUCCCCGAAACCACUGAGGACCAGUUCGUGCAGAGACCCUUCAGCGCAGACUUUUUGACCAAAGUAUUCGAAGAGACGAAAUUUUUGCCUUUUGUUGCGCGGUGUCUGUACAACAGACUGGUGGCUUCGAACAGCAAGGAAGAGCCAUGUUCUGUCGAGAGAGCAAAAAACCCCAACGGCUGCACUCCUAAGCGCGGCGGAGUGGCUCUUCUCUCUGAAGUGUUUGCCGAAUCCCAAAGGGCUUGCCUUGCGGAGCGGCUGCUGGAGUGGAGAGACAUUCGAGCGCGCAUGGCGGACUUGGAAAGACAGGCCAUUUGCCCGGACGAAAAAAUCAUGGCAAAAGCAAUUGAGGUCAGUCCACUAGCUAGCUAG